CAUUGUCGAUUUUGCUUAAUCAAAACGUAAUCAGUGCUAACCCGUAUUAUCAAUCUUUUUCUUGAAGAUUGCCUGAAAACGGACCGGAAUUUCAAAUUUUUGACGCCGGAGUUUCUCAGGACUGCGGAGAAAGGAAAAGGACAGGAUACGAGCGUCUCUGUGUUCGUGUCGUUGUGAAAAAGUGAAUGAACGAGCUGAUUUAGGGAAUUGGAGGAGUUUGAGGAAAGUGAGAGAUGGCGUUGUUUCGCAAAUUGUUUUAUAGAAAACCGCCCGAUGGAUUGCUCGAGAUCUGUGAGCGAGUUUACGUUUUCGACUGCUGCUUUACUACUGAUCCAUGGGAGACAGAAAAUUAUAAAUCGUACAUAGGAGGGGUUGUCGGUCAACUUAGGGAUCACACUCCUGAAGCUUCUCUGUUGGUGUUCAAUUUCCGUGAGGGGGAGACGCGGAGCAUGAUGGCUGAUGUUUUGUCCGAGUAUGAUAUGACCAUAAUGGAUUAUCCUCGGCACUACGAGGGGUGUCCAUUGCUCAAGAUGGAGGUGGUCCACCAUUUUCUCAGAUCAUGUGAAAGCUGGCUUUCACUUGGACUGAAUAACUUGCUACUAAUGCAUUGUGAACGUGGUGGCUGGCCAGUGUUAGCUUUUAUGCUGGCUGCACUCUUGAUUUACCGGAAGCAGUACAGUGGGGAGCAGAAGACCUUGGACAUGAUCUACAGGCUGGCUCCGCGCGAGCUUUUGCACUUGUU